AUGUCCGAGUAUUUGCCACAAGAAUUGAUGCUUGACAUCUUCAUGAGACUACCUAUCAAGUCAAUACUUCAAUGCACAAGUUUGUGUAAGUCAUGUUUAUUCUCUGACAAUGAGAAUUUGGAUCAAUGUGCCCAGUUUGAUCUGCCAUUUGACGGCAUUAACUAUUUCUUUAAUAUUGUGGGUUGUUGUAAUGGAAUUUUGUGUCUUAAUGAUGAGAUACACUUUUCGAGUGAUUUCUAUCUUUGGAACCCGUCCAUCAGAAAGUCUGUAAAACUCCCAAAUCCUAGAUUUUGGAGUAUAGAUGCUAACUUUAUUCACAAACUGGGGUUUGGAUUCGAUCCUGUUACAAAUGAUUACCAGGUAGUAAGAGUAUUAGACAUAUUUGGUAUAUCACCUAUUGUUGAGCUUUAUAAGCUAAGCACUGGUGUUUGGAAAGACAUUAGUGAUGUCCUCCCAUCUCAUCUAUCCUUUUUUAGAACACCACAGGUGUAUCUAAAUGGAGCUUCCCAUUGGGUUGGUUUCCAGUGGGAAGAAGGAUCACCUCGGAUUAUAAUUUUUUUUAAUAGUUUAGUUAGCGAGAUACAACAAUCUUGUGAAGGAACAAACCUUUAUGUGCUCGAUGAGUCACUUUGUUUGGUUUAUUUUCACUAUGAUGAAACAAUUGAUAUUUGGAUGAUGAAAGAGUACGGUGAAGCAGAAUCAUGGGUGAAACAUUACAACAUUACUUCUCGUCACAUUCCAUAUGAGCCCGAGGUUAAUCAUUACUUGAUAAAGCCAAUGGCUACAAGUAAAAAUGGUGAAAUGUUGUGAACAGUGAGCGAUGGACUAUUGUUACUGUCAGUUGAUCAUGCAGAUGAAAAGAUAAAAUAUCUUGGCUUUCGUGACUCUAUACAUACCGCUCACCUGUUUCACGAUUCACUUUAUGUUAAUUCUUACAAAGAGAGUCUUGUUUUACUUGAUAUAUGGAAAGAUUAUUGUGCUGAAGAUGCUUGCGGAGAGUCAUUUGAUUCACGGAAGCGAAAGCCCAAAGGUGGGAGGAAGAAGUUGUUAAAGACCAAUGCCAAACAAAGACUACGAAUUGCAUCUCUCUUGCACAUCAGUGGAUUGCUGUAUGUGUCAAAAAUGAAAGGAAAAUGGCUGCGUAGAAAAGAAAGGAAGAAAAGGCAAGUCAAAAGACAUUCAUCGUCUAUUUAUUGCCAUUAGCUAUGUUUCAGUUGAUUUAUGGCAUGUGGCUACAUUGUAGCUUUUGGUAAAUGCACAACAAAGUUAGCGGAAAUGAUUACUUGAAUUUUGCAUAUUUCUGUAUUUGAAACAGCCACAAACCUGCA